AACACACAGAUAAAACAAAUCGGAAUUUUGUGUUUAAUAUUGGACAAAUAAAAUUCUUCUGAGCAUUUCAAUAUCGGACAAGAAAACAGAAAUCUCAUAGGAAGCCAUUGUAUCUCAACAAAUUUUAUGUGAUCGAAAUGACAACUUUAAAAGUUGAUAAUUUCCAGUUAAGUUAUAAAAUAAAGAUAUGGACUAGAAUCAAUAAAUACUUGUAAUGGCCAUAAACUCGAUAUAUCUGGUCCUCUGCUAAAAACUCUUCAAGUUGUUCACCGUUCACGAUGUCAAGGUGAUCAGCGGAACUAUAUUUGUAAAGAAACGAUGGACAAGAGUAAUGGGGAAGUGGGGGUACGUUCUCGAUGAUUAAGGUCUCUAAUACAAUUAGGGAUUGACUCAUCAGAUCGGCACAAACAGACACACGCCUUAUAAAUACAUGACACUAAGGAAAAACCCAAGAAUACUACAUUGUAAAGUAUUCAAGUAUUCACUGGAAGCCUGUUAAAUGCUCUAUUUCAACUUUUUUCAAUGAUUAAAAUAUCGAUUAGUAUAUACCUAUCGGCAUUAAAUUACUGACUUCAUUGUCAGUUUGGGUAUAGCAUGACCUUAAAAAAUCCAAAACAAAAUAAUAGUCAAAUUGGGUUUAUUUUGAAACUGUUUUGGCUUGUUUGACCAACAUCAAACACAAACUUCCAAUUUGUUUUCUCUGUGUGUUUUAGCACAUUUCUAUCCCGUUGAUAUAAUUAAAACCUUUAUUAGACAAGUCUAAUAAGCACUUCCAAAUAGUUUGUCAGUGUAGGAACGGUAUUAAAAAUCAUCAAUUAAUCAUACUGUAUUAUCUCAGCAGCAUGAAGUUUAGUAAAUAGAAAGGCAACUGCUGGGGAAGUAAAUUCGUUCAUAAAGUUCAUUAUUCAAACAAGUUAAGAUUUUUGUUAAAUAACAUUAUGUCUUUCAUAUUUCAUAUGCAUCUACCACUGAUACAAUGAAAAUAAAACAACACAAAUUUAACUUCCGAAUCAUUAUUCUUAAUAUACAAUUUGAAAAGAUUUGGCAUUUUAGUUUACUGGUGUUAGAAAUUUGAAAAAUGAUCUGUUUGAAAUUAUGAAGACAAGAUAAAAUAUAAUAAAAAAAAGUAACCCACAAAAGGAAUUUAGAAACUGUUUUGUCUUUCAAUACGAUAUUAUUUAAUCAAACUGAGACACCAAUUUGUAUUAUAUUGUAACUGUAAUGAAAACAUGUAUACGAAUUGUCUCCAACAUUGUCAGUUUAUGCUAUGGUAUUUUUUUGUAUUCUUGUCUAACGUAUUGCUAAUGUGCUUUGUUGAUAUGCCUUUUUGUUUUUCUUUGUUGACAUAUUUGUUUGUUUUAUAGUAAUUAAGAUUGUAACACAAUGUUGACUGCUGUACCUCUAUUUUUGACAUUUGUACCUAUUGUGUCUGUUUGUUUUGUUCACACAUUUUUGUCAAUAUAAUGGAAUUUUAUGCAACUGUCAUACAAGUGAGAGGUUUAGCUAGCUAUAAAACCAAGUUUAAUCCACCAUUUUCUACAUAAGAAAAUGCCUGUACCAAGUCAGAAAUAUGACAGUUGUUAUCCAUUCGUUUGAUAUGUUUGAGCUUUUGAUUUUGCCAUUUGCUUAGGGACUUUCCGUUUAGAGUUUUCCUCGGAGUUCGGUAUUUUUGUUAUUUUACUUUUUAUUUUAGUUUUACCGUUUCAACAAAAAGAUCAGUUUAGCAAUACAGGACUUAUUUAUAUGUAUGAUUAUGUGUUUCGUGUCAACCCCUAUAACAAAUCAAGUGUUCAAAUAAAACACUUCCGCCCAACAAGAGCCAGUAAAUAUUCUUUUCGUAAUAAAUGUAGUUAACUAUAAUGAAGAUAAGUGCGGUUUAAUCAUAUGACUUUAAAAAGUGUGACACACAUAUUGUGUAUCCCUCAUUGUAUGCUUAUUUUCUUUAUUCGUAUUAUCAAUAUCCGGGUAUGUUAUUAACAAAUAAUGGGAGUACUAAAUGUGACAUUCUGUACAAUAAUUUCAUAUUGCAGUAAGUUAAGUUUUAUGGUUUCUGAAUACUGAUAUUCAUUUAUUUUACCGCUGAGAGUCAAACAGACUACCAUCAUUAUCACAAAAGGAAUUUAGAAACUGUUUUUGUCUUUCAAUACGAUAUGUUAUUUAAUCAAACUGAGACACCAAUGUGUAUGGUGUUGUAAUUGUAAUGAAAACAUGUAUACGAAUUGUCUCCAACAUUGUCAGUUUACUAUAGUUUUACCGUUUCUCUUUCAGAGACAUUUAAUUGAAUACGCAUACGAUGAAGUGGAUAAUCAUUCUUCUGACUGUGGUUUACUAUGUUAACUGUGAGUGUCCCUCGCCUGCGUUGAACACGUCUUAUGCAACACAGAAAUGCCCCGAUGAUCCUAGAUCGUAUCAUUGUCUAUGGGACGGCCUUAAUGAUGCAUAUAUUGAAAUUUGUGUACCUCCAGAGUAUUACACACCAGGAAGUUAUGUGGUUUUUCAAAAAGCUUUAAAUGCAAAACGAUGCCCGGGAAGCAGAUUCCAGCCAUUUGCAUAUUGGACAAAUGAAGAAAACAGAUGUAUUUACCAAAAAACAAAUUGUACCGCGGAGGGUCAACAUUUAUUAAGUGGAAGUGGAACAACAACAACAGAUAUUACUUGCAGAUGUGAUUACAGAAAGGGAUAUUCUUAUUUAAUACGUCCAGAAGAUCCUUGUAACUGCAAACCAAAUGAAGAAGAUUGUUCAUGCUACCUCAAAUUCUGUAAUGAAGAUCAUGCUUUAUCACCAGACUAUAAUUGCGAAGUUAUCAAAUCCGACGUGAUUAGACAAUAUCAAUGUCCACGACUAGUAAGAUCAAGUGAAGACGGUACUGUUCAUAGGAAUCACACGAACGUUGAACUGACAUCAAAUAGCUACAACAAUAACAUAAUUAGGCAACCAAUUGAUAGAUUUCUUGUUGGAAGAGUAUUAUUUGGUGCAAUCGUUGUUAUGAUUGCUACCUUUAGUGUAUGGUUUGGGGUAUUAGUUUUUGCAGUUGAGGAGAAAUUUGAUCUGUCCCAGAUAAUAGAUACAAGCACUAUACAAUGUGUAACGGACACAGAGGCUUUUAAAAAAGCAAAGAUUGCAUUUGAUAACAAUAGUAUUUUAAUUAUAAAAGGAGAAGACGGUUCAGGGAAAACCUCUUUGGCUAUGCAAUUAUCAACAAUUUACAGAAAGAAUAAUUACACUGUGAUAGUACUGGAUAACACCAACGUACAUCGCCUCAACGCCAUAAAAAAAUCUUUUGUGAAAUAUGUUAUUGUUUUGGAAGAAUGGUUUGACACGUGUGCAAAAGACAAAAUAUGGCCUCAAAGCAUUAUCAAUGCUUUAAAAAAUAUUCAAGUGACAAGCAAGUGUAAAGCAAUAGUCACUGUGAAUUCAGCUGAUAAUACAGAUUGUGAAAAAUUAAAAUCAGCUGGAAUUUGGACCGAAUCUAACAUUGUAAACCUUGACCUAGAUGAUUCAUUCAGUAGAGAAGACAGAGAAUCGAAUUUACUGUUUCACUUAGAUUUUAAUAAAAGGAAAUUAGAUGAAAUAGAAAUCAAGAAAAUAAUCACUGCACAAACAGUUGGUGCCUUUCCGAUUCACUGUGCAGCUUUCUGUAGCACAGACAGCUAUUUUAAAUUUGGUUCUAGAUAUUUCAGACUACUACAGCGAGGUUUAAUUGACGAAAUCAAUGAACUUCGCACCACCGGUAUGAACAGUAUAACAGACAGAGUCAAAUAUUGUACUUUGGUAUAUAUCCUCAUUAACCCAGACAAUUGAUUACAAUUGAACGAUAUAGAUACGAAAAAAAUCAACGGAAUAUGCAGGUAUGUUUUUAAACAGAAUUGUUCAAAAGAAUCGCUCAUAAAAAGCGCUUGCCAAAGUAUGAAUUUGCAUUAUUUAAAAUGUAACGAAAGUGGAGACUAUUUUCUUCGCCCUGUUACCUAUCAUGCAGUCUUAUUGUCACAUGCUAAUAUAGAUGUUGAAUGUCUCAAACUAGUCUUACAACAUUGCGACCUAGAAGCAAUUCUUGAUGUUUUAAGACCUCUAACAUACGUGAAGUUAAAUGAGGAGGAAACUGUUCUAAUUGUAGACAAGGACAAGCUGAGAAGUGGAUUUGAUAUUAUAGCCAAGCGUUUUGCAGAGGCUUGUUUGCAUACGGAGCACUCAUCGGAACUAAUAUGCAAAUAUAUUGAAAGCUAUAAAUUUUCAGCUGUCUUGCAAAAAACGAUGACAUAUUUAGACAAACGUUUGAAAAAUUUGACGACAGAAAACCGAGUAAAACUAAUGCUUUUGGUGACCAAAAAAUUAACGUUGAAUUGUUCAAGUCUUGAUUUAGUUAUUUAUACUCCAACUGACUUUGCUUUGGCAUGGUCGAUUAUUGUUUUCCAAAUAUCAGACAAAAUACAAUUUCUAUCUGAAAUAGAUGAACUUUUCUCGGAAAAGUGUAAUCAAAGUUCGUUAGACGGGAUUUUAAAGACUGUUGUUGAUGAGCAUGGAAAUACUAUUUUGCAUUACUGUAUUCUUUGGUGGUACAGAAGAGAAAAUCCAUUAAUAAUGCGAAUUUCGAAAGCUCUACGUCAUUCAGCUAUCAACUACAUACACUUAUCUGGUAAAAAUAGUAUUCUUAGUCGGAACUAGGAGGAAAAAAUGUCGGCAUUAGAUUUUGCUGUAUACUUUGGUAAUUAUGAAGCAGUUGGUGAUUUUCUUUUUAAUAUAGCAAAAUGGGAUAAAAUAGGAUCAAAAGACAUAAGCGUUUUAAUCGAGUUUGCUGAGAAUGGAAAAGCAAACAAUAUUAUUCAAAAGUAUGGCAGUUGUAAAUUUGUUAACCACGAUGUAUGUGGUCAAAUUUCAGUAAAUGAAAACUUUAGUUAUGAUAAAACGAUCGAACAAUUGCAAUUAAUAAGACAAGACAUCAAAUGAGAUGUAUAUUUGGCAGUAAUGUUGAAUAUGUAUUACAAAAGUCAUUCUUAGAUAUUGAUACGUGAUGGUGUAUGUCAUGUAUACCUGCAUAAGCCCUUUAUUGCUUGCUGUUCGUUCGGAGCCAAGGCUCCGUGUUGAAGGCCGUACUUUGACCUAUAAAGGUUUACUUUUUACAAAUUGUGACUUGGAUGGAGAGUUGUCUCAUUGGCACUCAUACCACAUCUUCUUAUAUCUAUAAUUAAAUAAUCCAUUUUG